CAUUUGAAAACUUGAACUACCUUCAUCCAUCCACUUUCCAAGCUUCUCUGAUCUCGUUCAGUCGACGCUCAAUCUCAUUCCUCAACGCCUUCCUUCCUAUUUUGUAUCGAGCGAACUCGCCGGAGUGUUAUCAUGUCCGGACGCGGCAAAGGCGGGAAAGUCAAGGGCAAGGCCAAGAGCCGUUCCAAUCGUGCGGGUCUGCAGUUCCCCGUGGGCCGCAUCCAUCGCCUUCUCCGGAAGGGCAAUUACGCUGAGCGCGUGGGCGCUGGCGCGCCCGUCUAUUUAGCCGCCGUGAUGGAAUAUUUGGCCGCCGAGGUGUUAGAAUUGGCUGGAAAUGCGGCACGCGACAACAAGAAGACCCGCAUCAUUCCCCGACAUUUGCAAUUGGCCAUCCGCAAUGACGAGGAACUCAACAAGCUCUUGUCGGGCGUGACCAUCGCUCAAGGGGGCGUGCUGCCCAACAUCCAGGCCUCGCUCCUACCCAAGAAAUCGUCCAGUGGCGCCUCAGGAGGCAGCACCAAGAGCUCCACCAAAAAUAGUCAAGAGUUUUAGAACUCUCGCUGGAUGGAUGGCGCUGACGGCUACUUUGAAUGUGUCAUUUCUUUCAUUUCAAGGGCUCAAGCUCGAGCUUGAGCCUAAUUCCACCCACAAUAGUAUUAAACUCGAAACCAUACAUAAACAUGUGUUGAGUGGUGUUUUCACAUGGGGAUGAAAAUGGUUCGUGGGGAUUCUGUUCUUGUAUUUUUUGUGGGGAUUCUUGAAUCCCAACAUAUGGGAAUUAAAAUGAUCAAUUAUUU